CCCAUACGACAGUGAUGCUCGGUAGUGUCUCUCUGUGAGAUUCCCAGUGACUGUGACAGCCAACUCGAGGCUGGAUGUGUGCUUCCACAUUUGCUUUUUCUUCAUCUUCUUUAAUGUUCUUUUAUCAGUCAACGGUGCGAGGAUGCCUGUGGAGGAAUAUGUUGGUGCGUAAAGGGAGUCUCCAUCCUCUUCACAGAGUGGGAACUGGAACUGGAGCCAGAGCUUGAAGGGUGUUCCCAGCAUAAUGCAUCUUGGAAGUUGUGUUAUUCAAAUGAUUAUCUACUUUAAUCCCCAGUAAAGCAUCAUAGAUGAUAUUUCUCUGCGCGACUUCAUGGAUUUGGUUCACUGAGGACCAUCUGAAAAAGAGACAUGGCAGUGCCAAAUAUGGUGUUUUCUGACGUGGAAAGUUUUCUGGACUCGCAUCCUGACUUAUUUGAGGACUAUUUGAACAGAAAGGGAAAUUAUAGCAUGGUGGAGAAAUGGCUCAAGAAUCACCAGGCGAGUAAAAGUCCGGCGGCUGCCGCUCCCGCUGAGCCAAGAGAAGAGAAGAGCAACGCGUGUAAGGACAGCUGGGCCAGCAAAUGUGACGGGCUGCAGAGGAGAGCCUCACAGAAGGAGCUCCGCAAAACUUUUGCCAGGUCCAAGGCCGUUAAUGUCAACAGGACAUACGAUGAAUAUGUCAACUCCAGGGCCCAGGAGCCGCUGACGAGCAUGAGGAGGAGAGCUCUGCUGAGGAAGGCGAGCUCUCUGCCCCCGACCACUGCGCACAUCCUGAGCGCACUGCUGGAGUCCAGAGUCAACAUCCCCCAGUACCCGUCCACAGCCGUGGAUUUUAAAUAUUACCUCAAAGAACACAACGAAAGAGAGUUUUUCCUGGAACUGGUCAAAGACAUAUCUAACGACUUGGAUUUAACGAGUCUCAGCUAUAAAAUUCUGGUGUUUGUUUGUAUUAUGGUGGAUGCAGACCGGUGCUCCUUGUUUUUAGUGGAGGGCACUGGAAACAAGAAGACACUAGUGUCCAAAUUCUUUGAUGUGCACGCAGGUACCACAGUUUUACCCUCAAUGAAUUCAGAUGAAGUUCAAGUGCCGUGGGGGAAAGGAAUCAUUGGAUAUGUAGCUGAACACGGAGAGACAGUGAACAUUCCUGACGCUUAUCAGGAUCGUCGGUUCAGUGAUGAAAUUGACAAGCUGACAGGGUACAAAACCAAGUCACUUUUGUGCAUGCCCAUUCGCAACAGUGAUGGAGAGAUCAUUGGAGUAGCUCAGGCCAUCAACAAGACUUCAAGUGGAGAACUCUUCACUGAAGACGAUGAAAAGGUGCUGCAGAUGUACCUGCCUUUCUGUGGUAUUGCGAUCUCCAACGCCCAACUCUUUGCUGCUUCAAGGAAGGAGUAUGACAGGAGUCGGGCACUCUUAGAGGUAGUCAAUGACCUGUUUGAAGAACAGACUGACCUGGAGAAGAUUGUCAGGAAGAUCAUGCACCGUGCCCAGACAUUACUAAAGUGCGAGCGCUGCUCUGUUCAGUUGCUGGAGGACAUUGAGUCACCGGUGGUGAAGUUCACCAAGUCAUUUGAGCUCCUGUCACCAAAGUGUAGUGCAGACACUGAAAGUAGUUUCAAAGACAGUAUGGAGAAAUCAUCAUACUCAGACUGGCUCAUUAACAACAGCAUUGCAGAGCUGGUGGCGUCCACAGGCCUGCCCGUGAACAUUAGUGAUGCCUAUCAGGAUCCUCGCUUUGAUGCUGAGGCCGACCAGUUCUCAGACUUUCACAUCCGCUCUGUGCUUUGUGUUCCCAUAUGGAACAGCAACCACCAAAUUAUUGGUGUCGCCCAAGUGUUGAACAGACUCGACGGUAAACCGUUUGAUGAUGCAGACCAGCGUCUCUUUGAGGCAUUUGUGAUCUUUUGUGGACUGGGUAUUAAUAACACCAUAAUGUACGACCAGGUGAAGAAGUCCUGGGCCAAGCAGUCUGUGGCUUUGGAUGUACUGUCUUACCACGCCACCUGCUCCAAGACUGAAGUUGACAAAUUCAAGGCUGCUAACAUCCCCCUGGUCUGCGAGCUGGGCAUUGAUAAACUCUCAUUUGACGAUUUCUCUCUGGACGUCGAUGCCAUGAUAACAGCUGCUCUGCGAAUGUUUAUGGAGUUGGGAAUGGUGCAGAAAUUUAAGAUUGACUAUGAGACACUGUGCAGAUGGCUGCUGACAGUCCGAAAAAACUACAGAAUGGUUCUCUACCACAACUGGAGACAUGCUUUCAACGUCUGCCAGUGCAUGUUUGCAAUGCUAACGACGGCAGGCUUCCAAGAGACUCUGACUGAGGUGGAAAUCCUGGCACUUAUUGUUGGCUGUGUGUGUCAUGACUUAGACCACCGUGGCACCAACAAUGCUUUUCAGGCAAAGACGGGCUCAGCUCUUGCUCUGCUUUAUGGGACCUCUGCUACACUGGAGCACCACCACUUCAACCACGCCGUUAUGAUCCUGCAGAGUGAGGGUCACAAUAUCUUCUCCAACCUCUCAUCCACAGAGUACAGCGACCUCAUGCAGCUGCUGAAACAGUCCAUUCUGGCCACAGACCUCACUCUUUACUUUGAGAACAGAAAUACCUUCUUUGAGCUGGUCAGCAAUGGAGAGUACAACUGGAAUGUGAAGGCGCACAGAGACAUGUGCAGAUCCAUGAUGAUGACGGCCUGUGAUCUUGGUGCCGUGACUAAACCUUGGGAAAUUUCACAAAAGGUGGCUGAGUUGGUGACCAGUGAGUUCUUUGAGCAGGGAGACAGAGAGAGAUCAGAGCUGAAACUAACACCCUCCGCCAUCUUUGAUCGAAACAGGAAGGAUGAGCUGCCUGGGCUUCAGCUGGAGUGGAUUGAUGGAAUUUGUGCGCCACUGUAUGAGACUCUGGUCAAGUUGAAUCCUAAACUUCAGCCAAUGCUUGACAUGAUCAAAGCUAACAGGGCCAAAUGGGAGGAACUGAACAAGAAGAGACAACGUGGCCAGAGCGUCUCUGCUCCAGCCAGCCCCUGCAGCGGUGAUAGUGCAGAAACAAGCGGCUGCACUGUGGCCAAAACGGGCAGCACACCUUGUUGUAGUGGUGUCGUUGACAGCACACCAUCUAAACCUGUUAGUUAGCUUCUGCUACAAACUGCAAGCUGGGCUCAUAAGCUUAUUUCCUCUUAAAUGCAGCCUGCAACAAAGGCAGUGCCGUACAUGCAGAGGUUCUUGGUUCUCUGCUCCUCGCUUUUGCUACUAGAGAUGAGCUUUAGACUUCAGUGCGGCGCUAUCAUUGAGGUUUUUCUGCUCUCUUUAGUCUUCCCGUGCUGAAGGUUGACAGACCUGUGUUUGGCAAGCUUGUCGGAGCAGAUACAAAUCAGCCGAUGACACCAUGUCAGAAAGAAAACUCAAACCACUGUGUCAACACGUCAAACAGUGAGUUAACACUAACUACUCUGGGCAUUGCACAGAUUUUCAGCACAACAAGGCAUGGAGAAUAUUGGAGCGGAUUCUUUGUCUCUUCUGUGGUUAUUUUGCUCUCAAUACCUCCUUGUUGCGCACAUUUUGUCUGGGAUAACAGAGUUAUUUUUUGUAAAUCUGUACAUAGGCUACUGAGUUUGAAAACCAUGUUAUUUAAGUGCUGUUCAAAUGUAAGAUUGUAACGUGGCAGUAGUUGAAUGAAGGGUGAAGGAGUGCAGGAACAGCAGGACCUGUGACAGUGCUUGCAAUGCAAAUUGAGUUCUCCUCUCCCUCCCCUCCUGUGCCUUGUUUUAAGAUCCUAAUGAAAAAUGCAUGGCCUCCAUACCGAGAUUCUUAGAUAGUAUGAAAAUCCAUGUUGAAACAUGAUGUAUUUUUGCCAUAAUUUGUAAAACCAAUGACUGCAGUUAUGUGUUAAACCUACAUCAGCUACAAAACUUUAACAUUAUAUUCAUAUGGAACUCUAUUUUGCCCAGUUUUAUAAAUGCAGGGUCUCUCUUCUCACACACAAACACACAAUGUGCCUUGAUGACGUUCUGAUAUCACAUUAGUACAUAAAGUCUAUCAACAGAAAUAGUCUUUUCAUGAAACAGUUUAACACAGACAGAAAGAAAAGUAAUAUCAGUCUCGCUCCUCUGUAAACUUCAUUUAAUCUAAUAUUUGGCCUUCUCUCAAAGCUCACAAAUGCUACACGACAGCUCCUAUUACUACCAGAAGAAGACUGACACACUGAUACUUGUAGUACUGAAGUGCCCAUGUGGUCACAAGUUAUUACUUUCAUAUAAUUAUUAGUAGUAGUGUUACUUUUGAGGCAUAUGCCUUAUGAAUUGUGUUGUAGCUUUGUUAAUUGGAGUUUAAAAUGUGACUGUGCACAUUGUGUGGCAUGGAUCUGUGUGCUGCUGUAUUUUAGUUGAAGAGCUGAUUGAAAACAACCGGAUCAAUUGCAUGUUUUAUGCAGUAUUAAAUCCAAACACUUGCUAAGGAUGUAGCAAACAUGUGAGCCAACAAAUACCUCGUACUUUGAAUCUCAUCGGUAAACACAUUACUCCAUCGGAAAUGCAUGAUUUAAACUCUAUUGCAUCAUGUUAUGUGAAUUAUGAAUAUCGCUGUUCUAUUUUUCUAUUAGGUUUCCAAUGUGGCCAACUUCUGUCUUUUUUGCAGAGUAAUGUGCUCCUUGUAUUUCUUCUUUCCUCCUCCCUGUUUGGACUGGAUUUAUUUAUAGCGGGCUAAAACUGAAAGAAACCUAAGGCAUGAAACGGCAAUGUGCAAUGUUUCUGUUGAGACUUUAAAUAAAAAUAUGCUGCUA